AUGCUUGUGCCAGCCCACUUCCUGCUGCUGCUACUGCUGCUCCAAGGGGCCCCCAGAAUGAGUCUGUCCCAUAAGUUCUCCAAAGCCGAGUCCAUCUUCUGCUGCAUCAACACGGCCCUGUCUGAAGCCAAGAAAAGCCAGCUGGAGGAGAUACCCCUGCUGAGCAAGAGAGGUUUCCCCUACCUACCCAGGCAGGACCCAUCCUCAGAUGAGGACAAAGAGAAUGAGGAGAAGGGAGAAGACAAGAAGAAAAGGACCUUCUCUGGCCCCAGGAGUAGUGGUGGAACUGGAAGCUCUCGAUACAAGUACUUAUCCAAAGCACAGCUCAAAGGGAAACCACACCAGAACAAGGCCAAGACUGACCGGAGCACCAAGUUCACUCUGUCCCUUGAUGUUCCCACUACCAUCAUGAAUGUCCUCUUAAACAUUGCCAAGGCCAAGAACUUGAGAGCCAAGGCAGCUGCCAACGCCCAUCUGAUGGCACAGAUUGGACGGAAGUAG